CAGCAGUUUAAGGCAGUCUACUUAGGUGUCAAUGUCCAAGGAUGGUACCCACUUGCACUCCGAGUUCCUAUCAAAUGGCAUCGGGCAUAUGCAUAUGGCUGUCAAAUGGGUGCAGCAGAGCAUCAUCAGCAGAAUAGAGCGCUUGUAGACCCAGCAAGACUGGUUCCGAAUCCAUCCCAUUGGACUGAGACAUCUGUAGUGAAGUAUCGUUCCACAAGCUUGAUCUCCAAGAGUCCCAUCAUCCACCAUGCACUUCCGAAUUGGACCCAAACCAGCAACUCAUUGCCUUGUUUUCCUUUCACUCCGGUAGUGGAUGCUCGACCUUUUGCUGCCGAGUGUGGUCCAAUCCAAAGUUGGAGAUCGAGUUCGCAGCUUUCGGGCAUAAAGACAGCAGGAAGGAGGAGAGUGACGCAGGUGUUCCUUCGUUUUGGCAUCAAAGAACGCAUGCGGCAGGCGAGACAGACAAAGUGAGUGCUCAGAAGUGAUUUGAGGUCUGCAGCACUCUGUUUUUGCUGCUGCUUCUUCGCGGACGAAGAGGUGUGGAAAUGAGGAGUUGGACCAGGAAGGUGGCUCUCCUGAGCUGUGUCUCUUUGUGCUUCGUCUUCUUCGUCGCCUUCGCUAUUCUCUUGGAAACAAGCAGUUGGAAAGCUUGUUCAGUUGCAGAGAUUAGAAGCGCGACAAUGAAAUCCUUUGUGCAGGGUCCCCGGCGAGCACGCGAGCCGUCGGUGGCGGAGGGAGGACGCAGGAAUCUAAUGGGGCGGGGGUCGCGUCCUCCGCGGUGCACGUCCAAGUGCGGCAACUGCACCCCGUGCCUGCCGGUGCAGGUGGCCGUCCCCCCGGGGGCGCCCACCACCUUCGAGUACUACCCCGUGGCCUGGCGGUGCAAGUGCGGCGCCCAUCUCUUCAUGCCAUGACGGCGUCCAUCCGAUCCCAGGCCGCAUCCACAUGCCCGGAGAGAAGGCGACAGCGGAGGAGCCCCGGCGACGACGCUCCCAUGUCUUCCUUGCGCGGACACGGGAGAGAGCAGCGUGCACAAUUGGGUUCCUCACUUACUAUACUCUUAUCAUGAAACAGGACGUGAAUGCACGCACGCUCACACGUCCUAUGGAUGUCUGCUACCAUUAC